AUGCUUCGAAAUCUUGGUCGUAUCGCGACACAUGUUUGUCGUCAACGUCAAAUUGCUUUUGAAGCAAUUCGAGCUCUUGCAUCAACACCAUUGAAAAUGCCUUCUCUAUCCCCAACGAUGAGCGAAGGAACAAUUGUUAGAUGGCUCAAAAAAGAAGGCGAAGAAUUUAAUCCUGGUGAUGCUUUAUGUGAAAUUCAGACGGAUAAAGCAACAUUAACUCUUGAUACUGAAGAAGAGGGUAUUCUUGCUAAAAUUCUAAUGCCCGAUAAUUCAACUGAAGUUAAAGUUGGAAAAUUAAUUGCAAUUCUUGUUGAAAAAGGUGAUGAUUGGAAAAAUGUUGAAGUACCAAAAGUUGAAGAAAAAACUUCAGAUCAAAAAUCGUCUGAAACAAAACCUGUUGAAAAAAAAGAUAAACAAGAAAAACCUAAAAGUGAUCAACAACAAGCCAUACAAUCUCAUCAUGCUAUUGGUCCAGCUGCACGCACUCUUCUAGAACAAUAUGGUAUUGAACUUUCUAAAAUACAAGGCACUGGACCACAUGGUGUUGUUAUGAAAAGUGAUGUUCAAAACUAUAUUGACAGUAAUCAACUUAAACCUAAACCACAUACUGAGGAAAAGAAACCUACAAAACAAACAACACAAACAACACCAGUCACGCAAGAAAAACAAAUAAAGGAAUCUGGAGGACGUCGAUAUCAUGAUAUAGAAAUUUCAUCUGUUCGUCGAUCAAUUGCUAAACGUUUAACAUAUUCAAAAACCAAUAUACCUCAUCAAUAUAUUAGUAUAACAUCUAAUGUUGAUCAAAUACUUAAAUUACGUAAACAAAUGAUUAGUGAUCCUAAAGCAACAGUUAAAGUAUCAGUUAAUGACUUUAUCAUUAAAGCUGUUGCUCAUGCACUGAGACAAGUACCACAAAUGAACGGUAUAUAUGAAGAUAAGAGUGGUCUUAAACUACAAUCAACAGUUGAUAUAAGUGUUGCUGUUGCAACUGAUAAUGGUCUUAUAACACCUAUUGUAUUUAAUGCUGAUCGUUUAUCCAUACAAGAUAUAAAUGGACAAGUUCGACAAUUAGCAACCAAAGCUAAAGAAGGAAAAUUGAAACUGAAUGAAUUUCAAGGUGGUUCAUUUACAAUAUCAAAUUUAGGUAUGUUUGGUAUUCGAUCAUUUUCGGCUGUUAUUAAUCCACCACAAAUUGGUAUAUUGGCUAUUGGUCAAAAUCUUCUUAAAUAUAGUGGUGAUGAUCUUAAAACUGAAAAUCAAUUAAUUGUUACUUUAUCUUAUGAUGCACGUGCAUGUGAUCCCCAAUCAAGUGCAUUAUUUCUUCAAGCAUUUCGUUCAUACAUGGAAAACCCAACUAUGCUCAUAACAAAUAACAAAUUAGAAUCAAUUCUUAACUUUUAA